AUUCACUAUUUUUUCUAGGAAAUUGUUUAUUAUUGCACGAAUUUUUUGAACGCGUAGUAGCUAGGUUAGGAUCAAUGUUUUUGUCCUAGAAAGUGCGCGUAAAAUGGAGGAACGUAAAAUUGGACUACGUCAGGCGACACAACACGUGGAAUAGCCUAAAAUUUUUUUAAAUUAACAAACGGAAUACUGAAACUGAAUAGAAACAUUCGAAACGUCACAAGCAAAUGGGCAAGAUGGCACGACAGCAGCAAGGUGACGUUGACGAGUUGUUUGACGUUAAAAACCACUUUUAUAUUGGAAAUUAUCAGCAAUGUAUCAACGAAGCACAAAAAGUCAAGCCAACGACAGUAGAUGUUGCAUUGGAGCGAGAUGUUUUUCUCUACCGCGCUUACAUAGCACAGCGAAAAUUUCGCGUAGUUUUGGAUGAAAUUAAUGAAUCUUCACCAGCAGAAUUGAAACCAUUUAAAAUACUGGCCGAGUACUUUGCGUCUCCUAACAGGCGUGAAACAAUACUAGCUGAGCUGGACCGCGCUACUGGCUACUCUAUUAUUGAUAACAAUAAUUUGAUGAUAGUAGCAGCUACUAUUUACUACCAUGAGAAGAAUUUAGAGUCCGCGUUACGAGUGUUGCAGAACGCUAAUAAUCUUGAAUGCAUGGCUCUGACACUGCAGAUUUACUUGAAAAUGGACCGUCUGGAUCUGGCAAAAAAAGAGCUAAAAGCCAUGCAAGAUAAGGACGAUGAUGCUACCUUGACACAGUUGGCACAGGCUUGGAUUAAUAUUAAUAGUGGUGGUGAUAAGUUGCAAGAAGCCUACUAUAUCUUCCAGGAAAUGAUUGAUAAAUAUUCCAGUACAAGUAUGUUACUAAACGGACAAGCAACCUGUUUUAUUGGUCAAGCUAAAUACGAGGAAGCUGAAAGUGCAUUGCAAGAAUCUCUCGACAAAGACAGUAACAACCCUGACACCCUGAUAAACAUGAUUGUACUUGCACAACACAUGGGAAAACCACCAGAGGUUGCUAAUCGUUAUUUAAGUCAACUGAAGGAUUCGAACCUAGACCAUCCUUUCGUGAAAGAAUAUUUACAAAAAGAAGCUGAGUUCCAAAGGCUUUGUAGUCAGUACUCAUUAUCAGCUUGAAUUUUAUACUACCAAUUUCUUUUUAUAUUGUUAUAAUUAAUUACAAAUUACUUAAUAAUACAGAUUGAAUUUUACUAUCAUGAAGCAUUUAAUGAUAACUUUAAAUUUAAAUUAUCAAAAUUUAAAAAACGAGACAAGAAUUACAUAUAAAGACAUUGCUGCCAUUUUGUAAUCAAUUUUCAAUAGAAGAAAAUUAUAAUUAAUAUAUACAUGGAUACAUUUGUCAAUUUUUUUUAAAUAUAUUUAGAUAGAAAUUUGAUAAUGGUUUAACUAUAGCUUGGAUGUAACUGUUAGGUAGAGAGUUUAAAUGCAGGUAAUGAGUACUGACUUUUGAAGAUUUCAUUGAAGUAGAAUAUUUAAUAAAAUAAAAAAUGAAUUUAAUUGGUGAAUAAAUAAUGUAGAUUUUUAAAUAUUUAGUUACAUUAAUAAAUAAUAAUUAUAUUUAUAAAAUUAAUUUCAAUUUAUAAACUUGGUUUUCUUUAUUUUUUUUUACAUUCUACUGGAAGUUAAUCAGGGUAAUUUUUUAAAUUAUAUAUUAUUUAAACAUCUAAUUACAUGCACGGGUUGAAUUUAUUUUUUUAAUGUUUCUUAAAUUAUUAAUAUAAUUAAUAAUAUCAGAUUUAGUGAAUGAAUUUAAAGAGAAAAGAAAAGUAUUAUGUAAAGUUUGCUCCUAAUAAAGACAAUAUGAAAGUUCAUUAAUUUAA